AGCUACUAAAACUCAACGGCGAUCUGCAAUUUUUUGGUGACGCAAACGAAAACAGAAACUAAAGAGACAUCGAUUUUUUCUGUUUCAUAGACAGUCACAGUCGCGAAUUUAAUCGUUUGCGACCGUGUAAUAUCAGACGGCAGUCAUGGCUUUAGCAGUCAGAACCAAGUACGAGUUCUUUGGACCUCCCGGCGCGACCGCCAUCGUCUUCGGUCUCCCGGUGCUUUUGUGGACCUUGUUCUUUGGCUGCAAUGACGUCUCGGGUUGCCCGGCGCCGGCGCUGCUGAGUCCCCGCGACCUCACGUGGGCCAAGCUCAAGUCCGAGAUUCCGUGGCCCGAGAAUGGCGUCCGUGGCUUUGUCAGCUGGGAGGUUACCUUUUGGACGUUUGCCUACUACUUCCUGAGCCUUGUCCUCCACCGUGUCAUGCCGGCGCAGGAGGUGGUCGGGACCAAGUUGAGGGAUUCGGGUCGUCCCCUCACCUACCGAUUCAAUGCCUUCAAUGCCUCUGUCGUUCAACUCAUUGCCUGCGCUUUCGGAACGUACCUCCAAGGCGCCGACUUUGUUGUUUGGAAGUUCAUGACCGACAACUACCUGCAGCUGUUGACAACCAACAUCCUCCUGGCUUACGCCAUCUCCAUUUGGGUCUACGCAAAGAGCUUCUCUGUCAAGCCCGGCAACCCCGAACUGCGCGAGCUUGCCCAGGGUGGCCACACUGGCAACGUGAUCUACGACUUCUACAUCGGCCGUGAGCUCAACCCUCGCGUCACGUGGCCCUUUUUCGGCGAGAUCGAUGUCAAGACCUUCCUCGAGAUGCGCCCAGGCUUGACGGGCUGGAUCCUGCUCAACUGCGCCAACAUUGCCAAGCAGUACCGCAACUAUGGUUUUGUUUCCGACAGCAUCCUGUUCACGACAGCUGUGCAGGCUUACUACGUGCUCGAAGGCCAGUACAUGGAGACGGGUAUCCUGACCAUGAUGGACAUUACUACCGACGGCCUGGGCUUUAUGCUUACUUUUGGCGAUAUCGCAUGGCUGCCCUUCCUUUACUCCACGCAGACCCGCUACCUGUCCACGUACCCAGUCACACUCGGUCCCGCAGGUCUGGCCAUCGUCAGCGCCGUGUUCGCCACCGGUCUGUACAUCUUCCGCUCUUCCAACUCGCAAAAGAACCUUUUCCGUCGGGACCCCAACCACCCUAGCGUCAAGAACCUGUCAUACAUCCAGACCAAGCGCGGUACUCGCCUGCUCACCGCUGGCUGGUGGGGCAUGUCUCGCCACAUCAACUACUUUGGCGAUUGGCUGCAGGCGUCACCCUUCAGCCUGCCGACCGGUAUCGCCGGUUACAUGAUCCUCCCUGCCGGCAGCGCCGUCGCCGAGGCCGGCGCGACCAUGGUUGACGGCCGCCAGGUCAUCCAGGGCGCAGCCCGCGGCUGGGGUAUGCUCUUUACCUACCUUUACGUCGUCUACUUUGCGGUCCUGCUUAUCCACCGCGAGGGCCGGGACGAUGUGGCCUGCUCCGAGAAGUAUGGCGAGGACUGGGAGAAGUACAAGAAGGCUGUCAAGUACAAGAUCCUGCCGUACGUGUACUAGACAUGUGUCAACAUGGGACUGUCAAAUGAGGGGUCUUCGGGUUGUGGCUUUAAGAGGUUGGAAACCUUCAAACAUCUGAGAGCAGAAGGUAUUACGAAGACCAGUUGGUGCUCUGCUGGGUAGCUCGGGUGGUACUUUGACAACGACGUGGAUGGGGUGCAUGGGAUUCGCCUGCAGGCCCCGGCGAUUCCACAUAUACAGCUUAUAAUCUAAUAGCAAACCAAACAAUCUUCUUGACUCAAACCUGUACGCCCUGUUUCAGCCUUGUCACUGAGCCUCAAUUCUAGCAAAGGAGCGGAGUGGGUUGGAUACAAAGAGAUUGGCUCAUCAAGACGAUCCCUCUCGAUACGAUCCGAGCCCCGAUUUGAUGAGAGAAUAUCAGGGGCUGUGUAACUAGCGGUACCUACCUAA